AUGACUGCCGCCGCGAACUUGAACCACUCAUCUACCAUGGCGCGACCUGCCGAUUACAGCUUUGGUUCUCCCGACAGCGGUCUGGGAGGGCAGAGAACAUUCAAAAAGCACAAAGUGCUUCCGCACCCAAAGAGACGAGCCGAAAACACGCGGUCCUACGACGAUCGAUCAGCACCCAGGAAACAUGACCUGCUCAUCAACAACUUACCCUCCCAGUUGGAUGCGCCGCAACGCACCGGCUCACAGACGCUCAGACAUCAGUCACGACGGAUAAGCAGCGGCCCGGAUCUGCCUCCUACGCCGCCUUCACAUUCACGAACCUCUUCCAGCAGUCACUCAAUCCCAACCCCGAGCCCAGCCCCCGACGAAACUGUGUCGCAAACACCAACCACUCCAACGCGUGCGCUCGCGACUCCUCCAAACCAGAAGAGCCCCCCCACUCCGGACGUAACGCCUCCCCAGCCUGUGACGAGACCUAAGGUGGUUCGACCGAUUCCGAUGGACCGCACAGUCUCGAAAGCUACCACCGCCGAGUCGCGAGCCGAAUCUUUCAGGACCGCCAGAGAAGACCCAUACUCUUCCGAGGAAGUUGAUGAAGAAGAUCUGCAGUCGACUGUUAGGCCUGACGUGCUGUCGGCGCGAACAUCUCAGAACACUGUUCGACGGGUUUCCGAAUCCAAAGCAAAAACGCCUCCUCCAGUCGGUCUUGGUUUAGGUCUUGAGUCUCCUCCGGAGGACGUUCCGACACCAAAAGCAAAGGGCGACUUCGCCGCUUUUGACGGGGAAUGGGUCUUGGACAAAGAAGUUGAGCAAGAGUGGGACGAUAAUUUGGGCAGAAGCGUCACAAUCAGGAAGAGACGCCGCAAGGAACCCGAGAAAGCGUCAGAGACGGGGCACGAAAACCCGGUGCGACGCAGAGGGCCACGCCGCAAAGUUGAAAUUGUCGAGGAUCGUGUCGUAACACCUACAAACGCCGCAAAGGCGGUUCGCGCCAUGUCUCGUCAUGAUCGAGCUGCGUUUUAUGCGCCCAGUGAAAUUGCUUGGCAGAAUCGUUCAACUUCGGAGACAUCAGUCAACGCAGAUUCUCGCAGGCUCUCAGGCAUGUCCGCCAAAUCUACCAGAUCCAACGCAUCAACAAUUGUGGAGGCAAUAUUGGUUGACGCUCCCGCUAUCCCCCAGAGGCGACAGACGUUGAGGCAUGUGCGGAAGCAAGGUACACUGAGGGAUUCCUGCUCCGACCAGUCUCCUGCUAGCUCUGCCGCAAACUCAUCUUUGCAGUUCGACGAUUCGCCGAGACGCUCAAGGCCGUUGGUCCGCCCCACGGAAAGUCGCAACAACAGUUACGCGUCGAACACGACAUUCAACUCGAUCUCGAGCGGCAGGGCUCGUCGGGAAAUUUGGAAGAACGGCGGUAUUCCAGUGGUAGUGGUCCCGGAUCGCCGAUCGUCAAAGUCCAGCAGGGAGCCGUCGCUCAGGUCUACCAGCAGUCGCCGAUCAAAGCGAAGCGCGAGUUUGAAUUCGACAACUCGUGCUAAUGGGUCGAGGACGACUCAUGAUCUGCCAACCCCUAUCUUCGAUCGGCCCGGCCGAAGAAGUCGGACCAUGUCAGAGUCGGAUGGCUCUGAUCAACGAACAAUCGACUACCCUCCGGUUAUCCCGAAGCGGUCUUCUUCCCUUUCCGCACCGACCAGUCGCAACACCUCUCGUGCAGGCUCCCUCACUGCAGAGAGCGUAAAGGCUCAAAGCGCUCUGUUCAACCAAUCAUCUGGACAUGAAAUGAGAGCACCCGCCCUGACCCUUCAGAGGGCAACAUCCUCGUCGACUGACAAUAGCCACCGGCACCGGGACCACAAACUCAACGUUGACGGACACGGUGAUCCAUUCUUUGGCAAACGAUUGGACGCACAUAACACCCCCUUUUCUGCGGCUUCGGUGGAGACCAACGGCACUACCCACGAGGUAUCUGAAGCAAAGGCUGUGAGCCUGUACCCGCACCAGAAUUCCUCUGUUCUUGUUGUGAACCACUCGACCAAGCCAUCGGAGAGCUCAGUAUCAUCUCAAACAGACCCGGACCUCUUGAAGGCGCCUCAGCGACCUACGAUCACGACCACUGGACCAGACGGCGAAGGACCUGUCACGCCCCCUCAAGGGCAGCGUUCUAUGGACGACGUUGACUCUCCUCUGCGCAAUCCUCGUGCGGCGCCCCCCGUGCCUCCUUUCAUCCCUCCCGCCAUCCAGUUCAUUCCUGCAACACCAUCCGGCUUGACGCCUAACCACGAGAGACAGCGCAACAUGGGCAACUAUUUUGAGGCUAUGGAAGAUGAGGAGCCCCGGCGAACAAUGUCUAUCGUGCGAAGGUUGUCUCGGCGGAGGAACUCGGAGACUCAUCCGCCGAAGAGCGCCAGACCUGGACUUCUCACAAGGACUCUGUCUCUUACAAGAAGAGGAUCGCUUUCCAAAUCAUCUCACAAGGAAGAAUCUUUCGAGGAUGCACCAUGCCUUUGCCCCGAAUGCCAAGAGCCUCCUCCGGAGGACGACCGGCUUCAUCCUCACUGGCGCCCUGCCUACUCUGAUCCGGAAGAUGAUGCCUGGGAGAGAGAGAUGGAGGACGAACCUGGCAGCCAGGUCUACCGAUAUCCUCCAAUCGACAACCGACCGAGCCCGCGCAGAAGGAUCAGCGAACGCGUGAAGAAGACUUUUGCUAUACUACCCAGCCGUGACGAGGAAAUUUCGUACUCUCCACCGACUCCUACCGAGCCAGAGAGACGGACAAUCCGCCGAACAGACAGUGGCAGUCUGCGUGUUAUGAGACGCCGGAGCAGUUUGGAUUCUCUUCGAGAUCAGAACGACACAAGGGAUAACGAGGAACGAUACUUUCCAAGGGACGAAGCCGCUCCGAAGAGGAAGAGACGGUUUUCAUUGUCCGGCACUUUGGAAGGAUUGCAGAACAUUCCCCGGCAACUCAACGAGCGCAAGCGUGAAAAGCGGACACAAGAGUUGCGCCAGAAGAUCAGCGGCCCGCGAGAAGUGAGAGAUGGCGUGGGCGACGUGAUCCGCCGCAAUACUUAUCGCGAGGCCCACCAACAAACGCACCAACAGACGCCCUCUCCGUCGACCAACUUUUGA